CCAUCUUGCAGAUCUGAGGCUUCCCAGAAAAGGGUUGUUGGUGGAUUUGAUUUUGCACCUUGUUUGUUAUCUAAAAUCGUAAGAAUGGUGAGAGGGAAAACUCAGAUUAAGAGGAUAGAAAAUUCAACUAGUAGACAAGUGACAUUCUCAAAGAGGAGAAAGGGACUUCUCAAGAAGGCCUUUGAGCUAUCAGUUCUUUGUGAUGCGGAAGUUGCACUGAUCGUUUUCUCCCCCAGCGGGAAGCUUUUUGAGUUCUCAAGUUCCAGUGCCGCAAGUACAACAGAGCGCUACCGGAAGUGUAUCAAGAAUCUCCUCCGUCCAAGCAAGCAAAUGGAUGUAGAACAUUUACAGUCAGAAACUGAUCUGCAUACUCCGCAUUUUGAAGAAGAGGUUGCAAUCCUGAGGAAAAAAAUUGAGCUUCUUGAAGAAACUAAACGAAAGUUCUUGGGAGAUGGUUUAGAUUCCUCCUCCAUUGAUGAGUUGGAACAAAUAGAACAUCAGUUGGAGAAAAGUUUAAGAAUCAUUAGGUCAAGAAAGAUCCUAUUCUCUUGCGAGGAAAUAAAUCAGCUGAAAGAAGAGGAGAAAAUUCUUAGGAGGGAAAAUGCGGAAUUACGGGAAAAGUACGAAGAGCGACAGUUGGAACUAUCGAUUGGUCAACAAUUCUUAUCACUAGAACAAGGAAAAGAGGUAGAAACGCAGCUGUUUAUCGGACUUCCUGAUAGUUAAAAUUGUCAAAAAAAAAAGAAAAAAUAAACAAUAUAUCAAUCUACGUGACUUUGUAUAAUUUGUUUUCUUUACUUCUUUUGU